AUGAAUAAAAUAAAAAUUUUACAGCUACUGUCAAGAGUUUGGAAUGGACCACAAAAUGUUCUUACAGGGAAACAAGCAGAAGAAAAGAUGACAACUUUAUUGAGAAAUAAAUUUCCUAAAGCUGAACUUAUUGAAGUCUGUGAUGUAUCAGGUGGUUGUGGUGCGAUGUUUGAAAUAAAUGUAAUAGCACCUGAGUUUAAAGGCCUAAACACAGUUAAACAACAUAGAAUCAUUAAUGAAGUACUAAAAGAGGAAAUUAAAGAUAUGCAUGGUAUAAGAAUCCAUACAGCUAUUCCAGACUCAUAG